AUGUCAAGAACAAUGUCUCAUUUUUCACUUUUUAUCUUUAUUUUUAUUUGUUUAUCUUGUUUAGUAGUUAUUUCUCAUGCAAAAAACAAUGGUUUUAGUGUUGAACUAAUUCAUCGUGAUUCUUUCAAAUCACCACUUUACAACCCCACACAAACUAAAUUUCAAAGAAAUUUUAAUGUUGUGCGUCGGUCAAUCAAUCGUGCUAAUUAUUUCUACAAAGAACUUUCUUCUACUAAAAACAAACUUGAGUCGUACAUGCCCUUUGAUUACGGUGAGUAUCUCAUGAGUUAUUCAGUUGGCACCCCACCGUUUCAAGUUUAUGGGAUUUUAGAUACAGCUAGUAACUUAAACUGGCUUCAAUGCAAACCUUAUUAUGGUAAUGGAAUAGAUACACAUGGAGAUCUUAGUGAAGAGACUCUUACAUUGGAUUCUGCCUUCGGCUCUUUUGUCUCGUUUCCUAAAAUAGUUAUAGGAUGUGGACACAAUAAUGGCGAGCCAACGUAUAAUGGUCCAAAUUCUGGUGUAAUUGGAUUUGGAAGUGGAGAUACGUCACUAAUAAAACAAUUAGGAUCUUCAAUUGGGGGAAAAUUUUCAUAUUGUUUAAUUGAUGAGCACAAUAGCAAAUCUAAUAGAUCUAGCAAACUCAAUUUUGGAGAUGAUGCUAUUGUUACCGGUGAUAAUGUUGUUUCAACUCCUAUAGUCAAAAUGAUAGGGAACCGCCAGAAAGACCAUUACUACCUAACUAUGAAAGCAUUUAGUGUGGGAAAUAAAAGAAUAAAAUAUAGAGGAUUUAAACGUGAAGGAACAAAUGCUUCUACCCAUAAUAUCAUAAUUGACUCUGGUACAAAUGUAUGUAUUCUUCCACAUCGUGUUUACUAUAAGAUGGAAUCAGCUAUGAAAAAAGUGGUUAAAUUACCGCGUUUUCAAGAUGACACAGAUGCAUUUCGCCUUUGUUACAAUACCACAUCCAAACAAAAUUUUCCACCAAUUACGGCACAUUUUAAAGGCGCAGAUGUUAAGUUAGAUUCGAAGGGCGCCUUUUAUUCCCUAUACAAGGGGGUUGAAUGCUUUGCAUUUAUCCCGUAUAAAAACGGAUUAGGCCUCUUUGGAAACAUGGCACAAGUGAAUUAUUUGGUUGGUUAUGACCUCAAUAAAAAUAUUGUCUCUUUCAAAUCUAGUGAUUGUACUAACUAUUGA